AUGACAACCUUGCCAGAUAACGUGAAGGAUGCCCCGGACUUUGCAAAUGACUCAUUUGUCCCUGAUAUACAGAAAGCGGAGAUGGAGGACCAUGAGGUUUUCAAAAGAGGUGAUGGCCAGGUCGACUUUCGUACUGUCUCAUGGAUCCGUGCAAGUGUGAUCUUCAUUAAGAUCAUUUUUUCCACUGGAAUUCUUUCUAUCCCAUCGUUGAUGUAUGGACUGGGAGCUCUACCGGGUGCUCUGAAUGUUCUCGGCUGGACUCUCCUCAACACCUACUGCGCUAUUGUGCAGGGCAACUUUCGCAAUGCCUAUCCAGGUUGCCACUCUAUUGCCGACAUGGCACAGGUUGUCGGCGGUCCUCUCCUCAAGGAGGUGGUUGGCUUCUUGUUCAUUGUUAGCUAUGUGAUUGUAGCUGCCUCUGGUAUUAUUGGCGUCUCGACCGCUCUCAAUGCCUUGUCGCUGCAUUCUAUUUGCACGGUAUGGUUUUCCCUCAUCGCCACAGCUGUAAUCGUUGCCUGUGCGAGUGUGCGCAAAUUCUCCCACAUUGGCUGGCUUACCUGGGCUGGAUUUGCCAGCGUCUAUAUCGCUGUACUUAUUGUUGUUAUCGGCGUGACGACGAGAGCUCGUCCCGCUGCUGCGCCGCAGUCAGGCGAAUUUGACUUGGGAUACAGGGUAAUUGGCGAUCCUCGUUUCACCGGCGGUAUCACAGCUGCUGCGACAAUUUUCGUGUCUAGCGCUGCAACAUCCGCUUUCCUCCCUGUCAUCUCGGAGAUGCGCAAGCCCAAGGACUAUCCCAAAGCCGUCUACCUCAGCAUGAGCCUAGUUACGACCUCAUAUCUUACCUUCAGCCUCGUGAUAUAUGCCUGGUGUGGUAAAUGGAUCGCAUCACCCUCACUCGGCAGCGCCGGUCCUACAGUCAAACGAGUCGCGUAUGGUGUUGCCCUGCCGGGCCUCAUAAUUAGCGGGUGUUUGUACGUGCAUGUUGCGGCGAAAUACUUGUUUGUAAGGGUACUUCGCAACUCGCGUCAUUUGCAGGCCAACACGGUUACUCAUUGGGGCACCUGGCUGGGCUGCACGAUUGGCAUGGCAGCUAUUUCCUUCAUCCUUGCCUGUGCCAUUCCUAUCUUCAAUUAUGUGCUUGCUUUGGUGGGCGCGCUUUGUUUUGCGCCGCUGGCAAUUAGUCUCCCUGGCUGGCUAUGGCUGUACAGUCACUCUGAGUACAGGAAGGGCCCUGUGUCUCAAAAGGUAGUAUAUGGGUUUCAUAUCUUCUUGAUCCUGUUAGGUGCGUUCAUGGCGAUUGGAGGUACAUAUGGGGUCAUCGUCCAGAUCAAUGAGGCUUAUCGUGAUGGGAAAAUUGAGGGCGCUUUUGCAUGUGCAGACAGCAGCGGAUCGACUUAA